AUGUAUCUUCCUACGCUUUUUGCUUUUGCCUUUGCUUCAGUGACAUCUGCAGUUGCCACAAUUGCCAAUCCAACCCUAAUCAUCAACGGGGUCUCCUUCGCCACCCGUGCGCAUUGGAUGCGUCUUGCCAAUGAGGCACUUUCCCUGAUCGGUGGUUCUGCCUGCCCAUUCGCAGCAUUCGGGUCCGUUAUUGUCAACCACACGCAACAUCCCGAUGGGCUGGGAGAACUGGUGUGUAUGGGCGCCAAUUCGGCGAGUCAAACCGGGAAUCCGUCGCUGCAAGGGGAGAUGGCCGCUAUCAAAAACUGUACCGCCGUCCUUACCGAUCCGCGCGGCAGGUUUCAGAUGAGCCCGACCGAAGCCCAAGCUGCAUUUACCGACCUCAGCUUGUACACGAAUGCGGAGAGCUGUCCGAUGUGUGCAUCGGCCAUUCGCUGGUCCGGGUUCCGGGAAUAUAUCUACGGCACUUCCAUCGACACACUCAUCACAAAGGGAUGGGGUCAGAUCCGGGUAGCCUCGGUGGACAUCUUCGAAGCAUCCUUCGACCUCCCUGACCAGGCUCGAUUGAUUGGGAAUGUGUUGACCAAUGAGACAGAUCCGUUGUUCUUCUGGCAAUAUGACCCUACCUACCCUUGUCCCAAUAUCCGAACCCAACCAAGACAACGCAGUGAUGGCGUGGCCACCGACCUGAUUAAUAUCAGGCCACCGCAAGCAGAUGAGGCGUCCAAGGGCGUUAGGGAUAAUGCAUUGCAUAAUUCCGCUGAGUCAGGACCUCGAAGAUCCCAGCCAAUCGGAUGCUCUGACCCCGGCAUCCGAGACGGCAAAAAGACAUCCGCCCUUGUCAGUCUCGGAAAGGGCGAGUCCCGUGCGGAGCACGUGGACUGGGCAACAUGGCACAUUCAUGUCGGAAUUGGGAUGAACAAGUAUGAGAUGGAGUGCAAACGGGCAGGAAGACGGCUCCGAUCGAACAAAUGA